GUGUCCGGAGAGCCCGGGCCACUUUCCCUUUCGUUCUGCGGCCGCGGCGCGCGGUCCUAGGCUCCCAACGAGCCGCGGGGGCAGCUGCGCUCGGCGAGGAGCCCGAGGCGGGGACGGGGACAGCGGCCCGAGCCCAGGGUCCCCGGCCGGCACCAUGCUCGACCCGUCUUCCAGCGAGGAGGAGUCGGACGAGGGGCUGGAGGAGGAGAGCCGCGAGGUGCUGGCGGCGCCGGGCGGCUCCCAGCGAGCGCCGCCGGCCGCGGCUCGGGAAGGGCGGCGGGACACACCGGGGCGCCCGGGAGGAGGCGGCGGCGCAGCGGCCAGACCCGUGAGCCCGAGCCCCUCUGUGCUCAGCGAGGGGCUAGACGAGCCGGAGCGGCAGCUGGACGAGGAGCAGGAGCGGCGCCUCCGCCUGCAGCUCUACGUCUUCGUGGUGAGGUGCAUCGCGUACCCGUUCAACGCCAAGCAGCCCACCGACAUGGCCCGGAGGCAGCAGAAGCUUAACAAACAGCAGUUGCAGUUGCUGAAAGAACGAUUCCAGGCCUUCCUCAAUGGAGAAACACAGAUAGUGGCAGAUGAAGCCUUUUGCAAUGCGGUCCGAAGUUACUAUGAGGUUUUUCUAAAGAGCGACCGAGUGGCCAGAAUGGUUCAGAGUGGAGGAUGCUCAGCUAACGAUUUCAGAGAGGUGUUUAAGAAAAACAUAGAAAAACGUGUACGCAGCUUGCCGGAAAUAGACGGCCUGAGCAAAGAGACGGUGCUGAGCUCAUGGAUAGCCAAAUAUGAUGCCAUUUACAGGGGAGAAGAAGAUUUGUGCAAACAGCCAAACAGGAUGACCCUGAGCGCCGUGUCUGAGCUGAUUCUGAGCAAGGAGCAGCUCUAUGAAAUGUUCCAGCAGAUUCUAGGUAUUAAAAAACUGGAGCACCAGCUACUUUAUAACGCUUGCCAGCUGGAUAAUGCAGAUGAGCAAGCAGCCCAGAUCAGGAGGGAGCUGGAUGGCCGCCUGCAGCUGGCAGAGAAAAUGGCAAAGGAAAGAAGAUUCCCCAGAUUUAUCUCGAAAGACAUGGAGAAUAUGUACAUAGAAGAGAUGCGGGCCUCCGUGAAUUUGCUAAUGGCCAAUUUAGAAAGUCUUCCCGUUUCCAAAGGUGGUCCAGAAUUUAAAUUACAAAAAUUAAAGCGGUCACAGAACUCUGCCUUUUUGGACCUAGGAGAUGAGAAUGAGAUCCAGCUGUCCAAGUCUGACGUGGUGCUGUCAUUCACAUUAGAGAUUGUCAUAAUGGAAGUGCAAGGCUUGAAGUCAGUGGCUCCCAAUCGAAUUGUCUACUGUACAAUGGAGGUGGAAGGAGGAGAGAAACUCCAGACGGACCAGGCUGAAGCUUCAAGGCCACAAUGGGGAACUCAAGGAGAUUUCACCACCACCCACCCUCGACCUGUGGUCAAGGUGAAGCUCUUCACAGAAAGCACAGGGGUCCUGGCCCUGGAAGACAAGGAACUUGGCAAGGUGAUAUUAUACCCAACUUCGAACAGCUCCAAGUCAGCAGAAUUACACCGAAUGAUAGUUCCCAAGAACAGUCAGGACUCUGACCUAAAGAUCAAAUUGGCAGUGCGCAUGGAUAAACCACCACACAUGAAGCAUAGUGGGUACCUGUAUGCCCUUGGACAGAAGGUUUGGAAAAGGUGGAAAAAGCGUUACUUUGUUCUUGUUCAGGUUAGCCAGUAUACAUUUGCUAUGUGCAGUUACAGAGAAAAGAAGUCUGAACCACAGGAAUUAAUGCAACUUGAAGGCUACACUGUGGAUUACACAGAUCCUCACCCAGGUCUGCAGGGUGGCCGGGUAUUUUUUAACGCUGUUAAAGAAGGAGAUACUGUACUCUUUGCCAGCGAUGAUGAACAGGACAGAGUGUUAUGGGUCCAAGCCAUGUACAGGGCCACCGGCCAGUCUUACAAACCGGUUCCUGCUGUUCAAAGCCAGAAGCUGAACCCGAAAGGAGGGACUCUCCAUGCAGAUGCUCAGCUUUAUGCAGACCGUUUUCAGAAACAUGGGAUGGAUGAGUUUAUUUCUGCUAGUCCCUGCAAGCUUGACCAUGCCUCCCUCUUCAGAAUUCUCCAGAGACAGACUUUGGAUCACAGACUCAAUGAUUCAUAUUCCUGUUUGGGGUGGUUCAGCCCUGGGCAAGUGUUUGUGUUGGAUGAGUACUGCGCCCGGUACGGCGUGAGAGGCUGCCACAGGCAUCUCUGCUACCUUACAGAGCUGAUGGAGCACUCAGAAAACGGUGCUGUCAUCGACCCCACCCUGCUGCAUUACAGCUUUGCCUUCUGUGCCUCUCACGUGCACGGCAACAGGCCUGAUGGAAUUGGAACUGUUUCAGUGGAAGAGAAAGAAAGAUUUGAGGAGAUAAAAGACAGACUUUCUUCCCUUUUAGAAAACCAGAUAAGCCACUUCAGAUACUGCUUUCCCUUCGGACGACCUGAGGGUGCCCUAAAAGCUACGCUCUCAUUACUUGAAAGGGUUUUAAUGAAAGACAUCGCCACUCCUAUCCCCGCAGAGGAGGUGAAGAAAGUGGUCAGAAAAUGUCUGGAGAAAGCUGCCUUGAUCAAUUACACCAGGCUCACAGAAUAUGCCAAAACAGAAGGGCCUGCAGAAAAGGACACAGAGACCAUGAACCAGGCAACUCCUGCCAGGAAGCUGGAAGAGGUUCUUCACCUCGCAGAGCUCUGCAUAGAAGUCCUACAGCAGAACGAGGAACAUCAUGCCGAGGCAUUUGCCUGGUGGCCGGACUUACUGGCUGAGCAUGCAGAGAAGUUUUGGGCUUUAUUCACAGUAGAUAUGGACACUGCACUGGAGGCCCAACCUCAAGACUCCUGGGAUAGCUUUCCCCUUUUCCAGCUGCUUAACAAUUUCCUCAGAAAUGACACACUCUUAUGUAAUGGAAAAUUUCACAAACACCUGCAAGAGAUCUUUGUGCCCUUGGUUGUCCGCUACGUUGACCUGAUGGAGUCUGCAAUCGCCCAGUCAAUUCACAGAGGCUUUGAGCAGGAGACGUGGCAGCCUGUCAAGAAUAUCGCCAACAGUCUUCCCAAUGUAGCUCUUCCAAAAGUUCCAAGUCUGCCUCUUAAUCUUCCACAGAUUCCUAGCUUCUCUACUCCUCCGUGGAUGGCUUCUUUAUAUGAGUCCACCAACGGUUCUACAACAUCUGAAGAUCUGUUUUGGAAACUUGAUGCUCUGCAAAUGUUUGUCUUUGACCUACAUUGGCCAGAACAAGAAUUUGCCCACCACUUAGAGCAAAGACUUAAACUAAUGGCCAGUGAUAUGAUAGAGGCCUGUGUCAAAAGAACAAGGACUGCGUUUGAACUCAAGCUGCAGAAGGCAAGCAAAACAACUGACUUGCGCAUCCCGGCUUCCGUGUGCACAAUGUUUAAUGUAUUAGUCGAUGCUAAAAAGCAAAGCACCAAGCUGUGUGCCCUGGAUGGAGGGCAGGAGUUUAGGAAUCAAUGGCAACAGUACCAUUCAAAAAUAGAUGAUUUGAUUGACAACACUGUGAAAGAAAUCAUUGCACUGCUGGUUUCAAAGUUUGUUUCAGUGUUGGAAGGAGUACUGUCUAAACUGUCGAGGUAUGAUGAAGGCACUUUCUUUUCAUCCAUUCUGUCAUUCACUGUGAAAGCAGCUGCAAAAUAUGUUGAUGUCCCUAAACCAGGGAUGGAUCUGGCAGACACCUACAUUAUGUUUGUUCGGCAAAACCAGGAUAUUCUUCGAGAAAAAGUCAACGAAGAAAUGUAUAUAGAAAAGCUGUUUGAUCAAUUCGCGGGCCUCGUGGUGACACUUCAGCUGUGGCAGUAGCAGAAGGUCCC